GACUUGUAGAUAUCCUGGGCUUGGACUAAGCGUAUAUAUAGCAGGUAGAUUAUUUAGCAGUAAGUAAGCCUGUCCGGGCCUUUGUAUGCUCACAUUCUAAAGCGGAACUGCAUGAUUGUGCUUCGCUUUCCCAAAGACAGAACCACUAAAACGAAAGGAACCCAUCGGCUCAAGCACUCUCGACACCAAGGGUGAGUGAGCAUUUUGGUUGCUUGAUAGCUAGAACACACGAUCGAACUCUCCCUAACGGAUUGGUGAGUUAUUCAUUUGCUCCUACUUCAACAACCAGUCUGUUCAUUUUGCGGAUCGGCACCUGGAAUCACGGACAUCUGGGGUGAAAUUGCGUGCAUCAACCUGUCCAUGCCAAUUCCAAAGCUCAAUCAAGACCGACCAUUGAGUGCGACUCUAAGGACAGGAAAAUGCCUAUUCAUGGGGCCGCCAUGAGCUUGAUGCUCAAGAAAGGGAACAAUCGGCGUCGGGAAGAAGAAUUGUGGAAGGCUUUCACCGAUGCCGACACCAAUAAAGAUGGCUAUCUGUCGAUGGAAGAGUAUGUGGGAGUGUUUCAAAACCACGGCAUUGCCAUAACACAUGAAGAGGUGCUUCUCUUCUUCAACAGCAAGGACAGAGAUCGGGACGGACGAAUAUCGUACGAAGAAUUCUGUGAUAGAGAAACUGUGAACGAGCGUGCCUUUAAAGCCAUGGACAUCAAUAGCGACGGGUUUGUCACGAAGUCCGAAAUGCUCAAAGCCUCUAACAGAUCCACAAGAAGGUUAAGUGCCAAUGAUGUUGAAGCCUGCUUUAAGGAGUUCGACAAGGACAAAGAUGAGAAACUGAGUUACGAAGAGUUCUGCGACAUGAUGAACACGAGACGGCACACACUCGAGUUGCUCCUUGAACAUCAUCGCUCACAUGACGAGGAAACUGAGACUGCCACAACAACUCUUUGUGAAGACGAUGCUUGUUCCACUACCACUCAAGAAACCAACGUGGAUUAGCAGUUCCAAUCAUUUGUUCAGAAACGUAAAACGAAUUGAGGAAAGAUAAGCAAUGAUUGGCAAAACCUGUUUCGGGGCCAAUCAAAAGAAUGGCGCAAAAUUUCCAAUUUUUCGUUCGGAUUCUAAGAUUAAGAUUGCCGCUGAAUGAGUUUUGAUGCAAUGCUCUCUUCAAUCCCUCCCUUUAACUUGGUCUUUAUCGAGAGUUAUUUAGCAAAUAGCUAAUAUUUGAAAGAUUUUUCCACGGAUCUGACCCAUAUUUAUAUGCCUUGAUACCCAUGGUACAUUGAUACAAAACACAUCAAGUUAACCUUCAUCUGCCCAAGUAACAGCUUAGUCAUAGAUCAAGAAAAUUCUUGCGCUACGACGGCCUCUUGGGAAUUUUCUUCUGUCGUUCUUUAACGACGAGAGACGAAUGACACUCCUCGAUUUAUGGGUGACUUUGAACCUAUUACAUUAAUAGUUGGUGGGUACCUCGCCAUGUUGGGGUGAAUUUCUUUGAUCGUCCGUUAGGAAAUUUGUGCAUUAAAUUUAUUCCAAAUAGAUUGAUCGAAACUUUUAAAAGAAUAUUUACUAUUUUCUGAGAAACCUUAACUAGAGACCACCCUUUCGAAUGGCUUUGAUGAUAGACCAAACAUACAUUGCUAAUUUUCCAUUUCAAUACCUUUGUCAAUCCAUCACUUAAGCAAAUUUUGGUAGUCCUGUAUUCACCUCAAACGUGCCUCCAUGGCUUUCAUCUUUUUGCGAUCUUUAUGAGUCUAAAUAGCAUUCAAUGUUUCUCAUUUUUCUCCGAAUCAUGAGAUCUCUGAACCUCAGUAUUCAUCUCAAAUGUAUAAAUCAACACUGUGAUCUUUUCCCUUCAAAUGAUUCUUUAAGAGAACAACCUACUCCAAAUCAUUCGCUCUAUUCUCUCAAGCUGUAGGCAACCUAUCCCUUCAUGUAUUUUGCCUUCCACGGAUCACAGUUAAGCUAAAGGAAAUCUCAUUCGACUUUUUUAUUGUUUUGGAUGUGUGCUACUAUUUGCUUGUGUUCAAGUUUAACAAUUCUCCGUCUUCAGCCUCACAAGAUUUGAAAAUAUAUUGUAUGUAGUUCUCUCUA